AUGGCCGAGGGCUUGGGGAGAGUGCGAUCAUGUACCGAAUGUCGGAUCCAGAAGCUUAAAUGCGAUGCGCGGGAUGAUUACCUGAGACCAUGCACACGCUGCAGAAAGAAGAAUCUCUCUUGUGAGUUUUCUCGUGGCAUCCAGAGGAGCCAACGAAAAACAAAAGCACAGCUGGUUCGAGAAAAUGCAAGCCUUCAGGAGCAGCUACGGACCAGCACUCACCCUGCCUCUUUCUCGACUGAAAACAGUGCCGUGACCGUCUCUCCGCAAACCCAAGGAGGCGCUGCUCCGGUGUCGCAUUUGCAUUCCGGCUCUCAAACGGGUCGUGACGGCGGCGCUCCGGUCUCACAUCCUCCCAUGUUAAGCAACCCGGGGGACGGUCACAUAGCACAACUGAUCGAUCUACCGAGUGUCCCGAGAUCAGUAACGAACGGGUUUCAAGUGACUACGCCUACAUUGCAACUGGAACAAAUUCACACACGCAAAAUUCAUGAUUGUUUCAGACUCUUUUUCCUACAUUAUGAGCCCUUCAUCCCGGGCUUGUUCGAUCCCAACGUAUCACCCGAGGAAUACUACGAACAAUCUCCCUUUCUUUUCUGGUCAAUCGUGGCAACGGGGGCUCGCAGAUACACUCAAGAUCCAACGCUCUUUCAGCGAGUGGUGUCGCAAGUCCUACAGAUUGCUCUGGGGACGCUCUUUUCCCAUACAAACUCGAUUCCGUCGAUUGAAGCCGUCUUGAUUCUAUGCUUGUGGCCAAUCCCCCAAAACACAAUGUUCCAUGAUUCCUCACAUCCGCUCGCCGGGAUCGCCAUGCAACUCGCGGUACAGAAUGGCCUCCACAUAUUUGGCCGCGAGCAAGACUACUCGCGUCAAAACAUCAACGCUGCAGACAGUAAGGUGUCUUUGCGCUUUCGUCUGUGGGUUCACUGUGUCAUCGUUUUCCAGAACACGAAUCUGAUCAAGGGCUUUCCCUGCUGGUCCGUCGCCGAAUACAACAACACCGUUGACUCCAAUCUGCUCCUCGAGCACAAUCUAUCGUCUUCGUUACUCUAUCGUUACAAACUUCAUAAAGUACAGACUGACGCAAUCCGAACCAUCGCCCAAAGCACCCAACUCUUGGACCCAGAUUGCGGACGACCAUUGAACUCUCUCAUCGACAUUUUUGAUACACAGGUCAGAGAACUAGUCCCUACCGCCGACGUAGGGCUUGAUGUUAUUGUGCAGAUUUGCACCCGAUUGGCCAUCAGAGCAUUUCACUUUUUUGCGGCACCGGACACGGCACGGACGGCAGGACUCGUCCAGCUUUACACUCUGUCCUGCAACGUGCUCGACAUGAUACACGAGUUUGACCUUGUCAACGAAUUCAUUCUCUAUUCGACCCACUGGCUCUACAUGAUGGUUCUUAUGGCGGCAAUGAGCAUCCUCAGGAUCACACGGAGCGAACUUCGGACUCAUGUGGAUCCGGCGCAUGGUGAAAACGCCUACUUCAAAGCCAUCAAGUUUUGCAAAAAGCGGUCCGCUGAAAACAACGAUCUGGAUUCAAGAGGUACCAUCAUCUUGUCUCAGCUCUGGGCAAAUGAUGGCAUGUUCCGCAAAAAUGAUGGGACAAUGGUAGGAGAUCGGUUGCGACUGAGAAGUCGACUGUUUACGAGCGUUGUCUUCGAUACACUGUGGCACUGGAGAGCAACUUUCGGUCACUGGAAAGCGAACCCAUACAAGGCUGACGACGAUGAAACAGCGAUACAAUCCACAGCAGACCAGCCGCCGCCCGUUGGCUUAUCAUGGACACCCGCCUCACUCUUCACAAACCUUCCACCCGGUGGUCUUCAACCAGACUUUUCAGCAACUCCUUCGGCGCGCAAUAUCUCAACGCUCCAGCCCGCGAUGCUCGACGUCGAUCCCUUUGACGUGUUUCCAGACUGGGAAUGGGCCGCCGAGUUGCCUUUGGACGAUACUGUCGAUCUAGAUUCUGCACGCUGA